AUGACAUCUUUCGUCGCCGACCUCUUGGUUAACCCUGUCAUUCGGCAAGCACGCCGUUUCUCCUUCUCGAGCUUGACGAGCUCUGUCAACACUACCGCGCCCGGCUCUCCCCUACGAACCGCGCAAGCACGUCGGUAUAACCACCCCGAGGACAUCAUUUCCGAAACCGAGGAGAAUUUCUAUCUGGGAGAUGACGCAGAAGGAAGCGCAUCUUCGUCACCUUCGUCUCGGAGCUCCGUUCAACCGCACCCGGCGACGGAUGUCGCUGACUUGCGUGAGGGCCACAGUCAGUCUGACAGUGCCCUGAUCCCCGCCGCGCACAACCCUUUCGAGUUACCACUACGCAGUGUCGAUUCUCGUCGAGUCGGUACGCAGAACGAACCGAUGCCCCCGAACGAUUCCAAUAUGGAUGCAACGGAUCGGCCAACCGAUGUUGACCCGUCUUUGAGGAGCGAUACGUACGGCCGCCUCGUGCUACCGGAGGACGAUGGAAUGGGAACGCUGAGGAAAAGAAUACUUGUCGUCCAGGCACAGGACAUUGAUGCGUCCGAAAAGGCUCGGUUGAUGCAUCAGUUGUUGAUAGAGGGAUACAAAAGGUCACAGGUCACCGUCCAACGAGAACGGCCCUUUACUCCUUCAAGUUCCGGAACUUCCGAGCAACGAUCGCCGCAAGUGCAAAGGCCGCUGGAUUCGUUUAAAUUCUGGCAGAACUCUCUAGCAGAGGCUGAGCUAGCCGAGGCUUUCAACCUGACAGAUGCGGACCUUGAACCUACCUUUGCUCCGAAGGUAUCCUCCACGGCGUCUACUGGGGAUUUGGAGGACCCCGAGUACCCAGACUACCGUCCUCUUGGUUGCCUUGCUACCGAGACCAUGGAGGGAGAUAUUGGGGAACGCAACGCGCAGGUGUCUGGACUUACUACUCUAGGGAACCCGGAUGUUGCUGCCGUGCGCGAUGUACGGCGGCGACGUCACUCAUCUAACGUGAUGAACUCGUCGGCUAUCGAACCCAACCUGGAUUCGCGAAUCCCCGAAAGGUAUAGACUUGCUCGCUCGGUCUCGCCACUGCCCAUCCCUGGGCCUUCUUUAAAUGGCUCCGUUGUCGGAGCUUCUGGUAUGGAAAACUGGGAGGAUGAAGAAAAUCAAGAUAUCUUAAGUCUCUGGAGUCGCGUGCCCCGUAGCAUAGGUUCUGGUGAGGACGAAGAAGACGAAUCCGACGACAACGAAUCUUCUGAUGAGGAGGUAGAGGAAGAAGAGGCGGAUGAAUCGGACGACGACGACGACUUCGGGCUCCUAGGCCAUAGAUAG